GUCUUUGCAUAUCAACUAGCAAUGCAUGCUUAUGCAAGCGGUCGCAACGAUGGCGUACUAUAGUCAGCUGAGGAAGGUGUUGAAGCAGUAUGCACCUGCAGUGGAGGCAGAUUUACUUCUGUUCCAGUCUGGAAAGCAACGUCAAGGUCGGAUCAGGUCUCUGAUCGACGCACAUCCCAUGGAAUCAGCUACAGAUGCAGCUGCUAUAGCAGCAGUCAGAGCAGGUGGCAACGGGAACAAUGCCCUAGACAUCUUGGGAACAAUGGCUGGGAUGGGAUAUCAGAGCCCAAAAAGUCCGCGGAGUCCUUGCAUGGCAGAAAGGAGGAGGAGGAGAAGCGGAAGCUUGGGAGCAGUUGAGGGUGCAAUGUUUGCAGCAGACUUGGCAAAGGACAUAGACACUAGAGGGGGAGGUUUGCGAGGCAGGGGGCUUACAGGUGAAAGUAGCCUUAACAGUGUCGGAAGUGUGUCAACAGCCUGUAGUACAAUGAAUGUGGAUGUAACUGUGAGAUCAAGGAAGAGCUUGGGGGGAAGUGAAAGUAGGCGAUGCUCAGGCGAGUUGUCAACAGUUGCAGUACUGGAGGGAGAAAGGAACGGUGUCUAUGGGGUUGACCAGUUGUUGGAAAGAAGAAGAGGGAGUGGUGGCGGAGGUGACAAAGGAUUGGAAAGGAGUGCAUUUUCACCAUACAGAGGCAUACGGAAUGGUGCAACCUCUCCAUGCAUGGACCGCGUUGGUGAGAAGAGCAUGGAUGAAAGUGAUUGGAGGAUAAUUCGACAGGAUAUGACAGAUGGGUCAGUGGAUGCUACUACUGAGGGCUCAGGACUAGGGGUGAUUGAUGAUGAAGAGAACAGAGACCGAGAGGCAGGAAGAGCAGUUGGGAUCAGUUCACCAGGAAAGUUUGGUGGCUCACGAGGGAGAGGACGCCGCAGAUCGUCUCUGGGAGGAUCCUCCAGUGGACCUUCUAGGAAGGGCAUGCGGCUGCCACUGGGCCCCACGGCUGGAGAAGAAGAUGACACUCUUCUUUCUCGUUUGGUUGGCCAGGGGAGAGGCACAGCUGAGCGGCGAGAGGAAGGUCAGCAAGUUCUUCAGUUCUGCAGCAGACAGAAUGGCCCACUGAUGCAAGAGGAGGCCCAAGAAUGUGCAAAAGAUUGUCUGCACAUGAUAUUCUCUGGCAUGGAUUCGCUUCGCUGCCUAUCGGUGUUGCUGCCACAACUGGAAACAGACGAUGAGAAGAUUCUGGUGCCAUGCUUGGGAAUGCUCAACGAGGUUGUUGUGAGACUAACAGAAGAGCAGCUCACAGAGCGGUUGCCGCUGCUGCUGCCACCUUUGUAUGAAGCAUUCGGGAGUCCACAUGCAGCUGUUCGAAAGGCAGUGGUGCUCGCAUUGGUGGAGAUGUACAUGAUGUUGGGUGAUGCACUCAUUCCUCACUUAAGUGGGCUACCACACACACAACUCAAGCUGGUGACAAUCUAUGCCAACCGAAUUACUCAGGUCUGUAUGCACCGCACGAGCAAUUUUCCUGAUGCCCUUGAUGGAACUGAUGCUAACUCCGAACCUAUUGAACCAUAACUACGUCAGCUGUAUGAGCCUGUAUCCCCAUGUCAGCCCUGUGUUUCUUUCACUUUGUACUCAAUUCUGUUGGUAAUGUUGGAAUGUAAUCAUCAUCUAUAAGACUAUAAGUUCUAUAACAAAGGAAAUUUCCCAGA